GGCGGCGGGUCCGCGACCAUGUUCGGGGCGGCGGAGGAGGACGACGCGGACUUCCUGUCCCCUGCUAGCGGUGCCAGAUUGGCCUCUCUCUUUGGUCUGGAUCAAACAGUCUCAAGCCAUGGAAAUGAGUUCUUCCAGUACACUGCACCGAAGCAGCCUAAGAAGGGUCAAACGGCAGCUGCAGGUCAGGCAGCUCAGAAGGCUCCUGCGGCCCCAGCAGCUUCAGGAGCACCAUCAGUAUUCGUGGCCACUGCGGUUCACGCUUAUCGAUAUACAAACGGGCAGUACUUGAAGCAAGGCAAGUAUGGAGCAGCUGUAGUGGGGAACCAUGCUACUAAAGAGUACAGGAUCCUCCUUUACAUCAGUCAGCAGCAACAGAUCGCAACUGCAAGGAUCCAUCCAGGCUUCAUACUCACGGUUCAACCCAACAAUUAUAGUACGUUCUAUGAUGAUCAGAGACAAAACUGGUCCAUCAUGUUUGAGUCAGAAAAGGCAGCAGUGGAUUUCAGUAAACAGGUGUGCCUUGCCAAAUGCAGCAGCUCCCCAGUGCUCGAUUCAGUCCUCUACCAGGAUCUCCUUCUUGGAGAAGGGCAGGGAGUAGAAGGAGGAGACUCUCUGGAGAUUGCCUAUACGGGUUGGCUGUUCCAGAACAACGGGCUUGGACAGGUGUUUGACUCAAAUGUUAACAAAGACAAGCUGUUGCGGCUAAAGCUGGGAUCUGGAAAGGUCAUCAAGGGCUGGGAAGAAGGAAUGAUGGGGAUGAAGAAAGGAGGGCGAAGGUAUCUCAUUAUUCCUCCGGCAUGGGCCUACGGGGCUCAGGGAGUGGCUGGCCGUGUCCCUCCAGACUCUACUUUAGUUUUUGAGGUGGAAGUUAGGCGGGUGAAGUUUGUAAAGGAAUGCUCUGGUUCAGAUGGACAGAGUGUUAGUUCAAGGGAUUCUCCUGCACCUUCUCCGGUACCGAAUUCAGAUGGCUUCUCUGCAGACACUGGUUUAUUGCCUCCAUCUACAAUACCUCCAAAGCCUGGGGAGCCGGCUGUUCGGGCCAAGUCAAACUCCAUCAGUGAACAGCUAGCAAAUCCAGAUGUAGCAAAGGCAAAGCUAAUUUCUCGGAUGGCUAAAAUGGGACAGCCCAUGCUGCCUUUCCUUGCCGGAACAGCAGGUAGUCAACUGGACUCCAGUGACUCGGAAAUAGAGGAUCCAAAUACACUGAGAGGGACGACGCAGCCAGUGGCUUCAUCUUCAGUGAGACCAUCACAGCCAGCUCACGCAGUACUGCCCACAGUGUCAACACAAGUACCUCAGGUAUCUGGUUCUACACCCCCGGUAUCUUCUGCUGCUUUAAUACCUGCAACGAUCCAGCCCCAUUCAGCUCUGCCUGGAGGAGCACAGGGCUUUCAGGCGUAUCCAGGAAUGGCAUUUGCUUACCCCCAAACGGCUGCAUCUGCUUCUCAGCUCCAGCCUGUAGGACAGAUGUAUCCCGCACCUUACCAAGCACCCGGGGACGUUACUUCCUUUUUGAUGACAGAAGCUCGGCAGCAUAACACUGAAAUCCGAAUGGCCGUUAGCAAAGUAGUAGAUAAAAUGGAUCAUCUGGCUGCCAAGGUGGAGGAGUUGAAGAAACAAAACACUGGUAACAGCUCGCUACUGCCUGGUAUCUCCUCUGUUACUAUGGAAGCCUCCAUGAUCAUGAGCAAUAUCCAACGCAUAAUCCAGGAGAAUGAGAGACUGAAGCAAGAGAUAUUUGAGAAGAGCAGUCGGAUUGAGGAGCAGAAUGAGAAGAUCAGCGAGUUGAUUGAGCGGAAUCAGAGAUAUGUUGAACAAAGUAACUUGCUAAUGGAGCAGAGGAACCAUUCACUGCAAACAACAAAUGAAAACACGCAGGCAAGAGUGUUGCAUGCAGAACAGGAGAAGGCCAAAGUUGCAGAGGAGUUAGCAGCUGCCACAGCCCAGGUUUCCCAGCUGCAGCUGGAGCUGACUGCCCACCAGAAGAAGGAAAUGGACCUGCGGAAACAGCUGUCUGCUGCCCUGCAGGAGGCCGAGCGACAUGAGACGCAGCUCAACAAACUGCAGGCACAGUUAGCAGAGCUCCAAGAAGCCUCUGAGGACACUCAGACUAGAUUCAAAGCCGAGAAGCAAAGCCGCAGACAGCUGGACAUGAAGAUUACGGCAUUGGAAGAAGAGCUAACGGACCUAAAAGUGGAAAAGGAGACUCUUGAAAGGAAUCUUGCAGAGAGGAAGAAGAAAUCCCUCUCGGAGAGAGCUCAAGCAGAGGAAGAGAUGGAAGAAAUACGCAGAUCAUAUCAGCAGGAACUGGACAAGCUUCGACAGUUGCUGAAAAAGGCACGGACUUCGACUGACCAGGCAGCAGCAGAGCAGCUAUCGCUCAUCCAGGCAGAGCUGGAAUCCCAGUGGGAAGUCAAAUGUGAACGUACGCUGGCCUUGGCCAAGGAGCAGCAUGUUAGACAGUACCAGGAGGUGUGUGAGCAGAGAGAUGCCCUGCAGCAGCAGGUGUCCCAGCUGGAAGAGAAGCUUGCGGCUCUAAAACACUCGAAAAAAGCAGAGGAGCAAAAAUUGUCUGAGUUUCAGCAACGUUUGGAGCAACUAGAGCCUAUCAAAGAGAAGUAUUUAGCCUUGAAAUCUGAUAUUGUGGUGCUGAAGGCUCGCUAUGAAGAACGCAUCCGAGACCUGGAGAAGGAUCAGGAUGGAUCUUCACCUGCAGACUUCACAGAAGAAGUAAAGAAGAUAAUGAAUGGUGUAUUUCAAUCUCUUCGGGGUGAAUUUGAGCUGGAAGAGACAUACAGUGGCAGGACAGUUCUGGGUGUCGUCAUGAACACUAUUAAGACUGUAACACUGCAGCUACUCAACAGGCAGCAGGAGAAACCAGAUCAUGACAGUAAAAAGGAGGACUCUGGAACAGGAGCAGCGAGACAGGAGGGAUCACCUGGAGCAAAGACUGACCACGAAGAGCCCAUGCAACAUAGCCCAGCACAGAGUGUUGCAUUCCCAGCUGAUCCUGGGGAAGCAACCACAGGCUCCAUGGUGUCUGACCAGGAAGGCGAGUCUGCUCCUCUGUCUGCCAGGCCCAGAACUCCUGAGGAGGAGAAGGCAACACAGAGCAGCGGGGUGUCAGAAGAGGAGAAGGUCCAGGGGGAGCAUCUCUCUUCCACAGCUGAAUCCUGCCUGGAUCCUGUUAAGGGGCCUGUACUUGCAGGGCAGCCUGUUCCUGAGGUGGAUGAGGACUUUGUCCCAGCUGAGCAAAGGCAGGAGAGCAGUCCCGUCGGGAAAGCUGAGUCUGAACGCAGUCCCUCCAGGGUAUCUUUGCAGGCAGAAGUUGCAGAACCUUCUGUUCUAGAAGCCAAGCCAGAAGAAGUGGAUGUGGCAGUGCUUCCAGAAAAGCCAGCUGCGGAGCAGAAGGCGGAGGAGCCUGUGGGAGGUUUAGAGCCCCCUCCCUUAAAUGGGGAGGGAGGGAACUGCACAGACCCAUCAGACGGAGCUAGCCCCGAGAAGGAGCCUGCUUCAGUAUCCAACACAGCCCAGCCGAGCUCACCUAUCAUCAGAGAAGCCCUGGGACAGCAGGAACUGGGCUCCAGCCCCGGGCAAAAAGAUUCCAGCCUCUUUGAGGAUGACAACUUCUUUGAAACAGCAUCUCAUAAACCAGUGAAGCCUCGAGUUCCCUCUGAAGAGGAGGAUGAGGAGGAAGUGAGCAUGAAGGGCCGUCCCCCUCCAGCUCCGCUCUUUGGUGAUGAUGACGACGACGAUCUGGACUGGCUGGGAUGAAGAGCCGGCUGGUGAGCCUGUGAGCCCUCUCCUCUGGGCACGGCCUCUUCCUGUGCACUUAGCACUUAAUGAGCUGCGUACGGGGGACAGUUGUGAGCAGCCAGGGACUUCCCAGGCUCUUGUACUGCAGGCUGACGGGGCCUGAGAGCAAGGGGCUCUUUCGGCACUCAUGGGCCCUCAGACCCGUCGCUCUGACCUGACAGACGUGCGCAGAGGUUGGGACGAGCUGAAGGAACCAACCAGUCUUACUGCACGUUUCUAUUGCUGUCCUACUUCUGUGAACUGUUGAUUCAUUAGUCUGAAACUUUAUGCAAAUAUGAACUUUGUAAAGUGCUUCAGAAGGACAAGUCUGGCAGGACCCUGCAGUAGGAAACUACUUUUUAAAAAAACCAGUCUAAAAUCUCAUUGUCUUCCCCAGUGAAGAUCUCCUUGGAAUAUUUCUCUUAGUCUCCACCCAGGGUGUCUCCCAGGGACUCUGCACCAUCUCCUCACCGUGUAUGAGCCAUGGGCAGUGGGAGAUUCGGCCGAGAGACCCCAGGCAGGCGUUUCCUGUGAGCCGCCGGCUCCGCACCGGCAGCUUGGGGAAAACCCAGGGGCUGAGGCGGGUCCGGGCGGCUCUGUUGUACGUUCCGAGCUGCGGCACACGCGAUGCUUGCUGACCCGCAGCCUGCUAGGCAGGGACGCCCGUUAGCGGUGCUGGAAGUCAGGGCUCUGUUAGACCAAUGCUCCAAGCACAGAUGUAGCAUCUCGUGAUUGCUGUUGUAAGAAGCCAAAUCCCCGGCUCUGUUUUAUGGAGGACCCCGAGGCUCACAGAGACCUCGCAAAAAUGAUUCACUGCGCAGCCAGCUCCCCUCCUCUCUGCAUCCAGAGGUGAGAUUUGUUUUUUUUUUCUGGGUUGUGUUUCACUGGCAGUGAAAGCAGCAAUACAGAUGUGUAGUGUGCUUCUUCUCUGGAGAGAGAGAGAGUUACUGCAGGCAGCCAAGCCCAUCUCCUGUGCCUUUUUCUCUGCUGCUGUUUAAAGUGUGACGAUCAUAGCACAAGUUAAAACUUAGGGAUGGGGGGACAUGAGCUAUAACCCAACCUCCCCCGGCCAGGGGCUUGGGGUAUAACUUCAGUCUAAGUGGACCAAGAGGGGAAGGCAGUGAGGAUAGAGAGCUGGGCAAACACGUUGGAUUUCUCAUAGCACUUUUACUUCUACGCUCGCUGACUCUAACACAACUUAAAACUAUGAGCAGGUCUUUGUGUCUUUAAAACAAAUAAAUCCGCCUUCACUUAAUAAAAUGGAAGUGCUUAUAGUUUCUUCAACUGCCUCUUACCAUCUCUGAACUGAAUCUGAUCUGUGUCCUCCUACAUUUGAUUACUUGGGAGGAAAAAAAAAAGAAGAGCGCUGGGCAUUCCUGUUCUGGCGUGCAGCGGUGCGGCAGGUCCCUGCCCUCGGUGCGGCAAACUGCCAAAUGCAGCUGGAAUGGUGGAGGAGGCCAAAGCCUGCUGCCAUGUCAGCGCUUGUCUCGCAGGGUGAACUUAGCUGGGGUUUCCUGGGGAGCUGCUCCAGAAGUCAAAAACACCGACUAGUUACUGGGUGCUGAAUGCGACGGUGUGUGAAACCCAGAUUGUGUGGGGGUCCCCUUCCUUGUGUAGGUACCCUGACGGGGCCUCUGGACCCCCCCGUCUGUGGCAGUGUCCUAGCAGAGGUCGUUGCUAAUACUAACAAUUCCACUUGUUUCCUGUUACAGAGAGACAACCUGAGGGAUUUGCAUUUCACUUCUUGAAAAAUAAAGUGCAAUUAAACCUGU